AUGUCGCUGGUUCGAACAGCGACGAUCGCUCUUCUUCUACUUGCGUUUCUACAAAUAGUUGCGGCUCAGAAAAGAGAGCAAAGUAUAGUUAAGUAUCGUGGUGCGGUUGCGACUGACGAUGGACGGUGUUCUGUUAUUGGAAUGAGUGUUCUUCGUGAAGGAGGAAACGCUAUUGAUGCGUCUGUUGCUGCUGCUCUUUGUUUGGGUGUUGUGAGUCCAGCGUCUAGCGGUAUAGGCGGUGGAGCGUUUACGGUUGUUAAGAUAGCUGGUGGGAAGGCAAUCGCUUAUGAUUCUAGAGAAACCGCUCCUCUCAAAGCUACUGAGAAUAUGUAUGGAGGCAAUGCUGAUCUAAAGAAGAAAGGAGCGUUAUCAGUAGGCGUUCCCGGUGAAGUCGCGGGUCUAUUCACAGCUUGGAAACAGCACGGAAAGCUACCGUGGAAGCGGCUAGUGAGGCCCGCGGCCAAACUUGCCGCUGGAUUCAGGAUUUCAAAGUAUCUCUAUAUGCAAAUGAACACGACUAGAGGCGAUAUCUUAGCAGACAAAGGUCUCUCUGACUUAUUUGUAACAAAUGGAGAGCUCAAGAAAGCAGGGACGAUUAUACGUAACACAAAAUUGGCUUUAACGCUGAAGCAAAUCGCAAGGUACGGUCCAAAAGCGUUUUACAAUGGCACAGUUGGGAUUAACCUAGCAAAAGAUAUCCGUAAAUUCGGAGGGAUAAUAACUUUGAAAGAUCUGCAAAGUUAUAGAGUUAAGGUUAAGAAACCGUUGUCCGCAGAUAUUCUCGGAUACCGACUCCUUGGUAUGCCUCCUCCUUCAUCCGGUGGUGCUGCAAUGAUGCUUGUUUUGAACAUUCUUUCUCAAUACGAGAUUCCAUCGGGUGUUUCGGGCCCUCUCGGUGUUCAUCGACUAAUCGAGGCUUUAAAACACGCGUUCGCGGUUAGAAUGAACCUAGGAGAUCCAGAUUUCGUCGCGGAGGUUCCUAAAGUUGUUUCAGAUAUGUUGUCUCUAAAGCUUGCACAAGACUUGAAGAGAAAGAUAAACGAUGAUAAAACCUUUGACCCCAAAUUUUACGGUGGCAAAUGGAGUCAGAUCGACGAUCACGGGACAAGCCAUUUAUCGAUCAUAGAUCAAGAAAGGAAUGCUGUUUCAAUGACUAGUACAAUAAAUGGUUACUUUGGGGCAGUGAUGCUAUCUCCUAGCACCGGGAUCGUUUUGAACAACGAAAUGGAUGAUUUCUCAAUCCCGAUGAAAUCCAACGGUAACCUAAAUGUGCCACCACCAGCUCCGGCGAACUUCAUCCGUCCCGGCAAACGACCUUUGUCCUCUAUGUCACCCACCAUUGUACUCAAAGACGGUAAAGUGAAAGCCGCAGUGGGUGCUAGUGGAGGAGCGAAUAUCAUCGCCGGAACAACCGAAGUUUUCAUGAAUCAUUUUUUCCUCAAGAUGGAUCCUCUUUCUUCUGUCUUGGCUCCAAGAAUCUACCAUCAGUUGAUACCAAACAGAGUUACAUAUGAGAAUUGGACUACGGUUUUCAAUGACCACUUCGAGAUUCCUAAAGAGACAAGAGUUGUGUUGGAGAAGAAAGGUCAUGUCUUAACGCCGAUCGCCGGAGGGACGAUUGCUCAGUUCAUAGUUCAAGAAUCUGGUGGACAUUCCGGUGAAAUGAGUAAACUUGUGGCUGUAAGUGAUCCAAGAAAAGGAGGGUUCCCUUCAGGCUAUUGA